AUGAAGCUCGUCAGGUUCCUAAUGAAGUGUGCCAACGAGACGGUCACGAUUGAGCUCAAGAAUGGCACCAUCGUGCACGGCACCAUAACCUCUGUCUCCCCUCAGAUGAACACCUCCCUGCGCAAUGUCAAGAUGACCCCCAAGGGUCAGGACCCGGUGCAGCUCGACGCCAUGAACAUUCGGGGCUCCACUGUCCGCUAUUUCAUCCUGCCUGACUCCCUCCCCCUCGAUACCCUCCUGAUCGACGAUGCACCGAAACCAAAGAACAAGGCUCGGAAGGAGGUUGCGGACCGUGGUGGGCGCGGCGGUCGCGGCGGAAGAGGAGGGCGCGGGAGAGGAGGUGGUCGUGGUCGUGGCCGUGGCCGGUAAAUGCUCCCACAAGGGAGGGCGAUAUGUGUGUGUGUGUGUGUGUGUGUGUGUGGGUGUGUGUGGGAUAUUGGAACAAGACAUACCCGUUACUCUAUGGACAGCUCAGGCAGGGUGCGCUCAGAGGAGACACGAGAGAGAAAGAGAGACAGUAGCUGGUCGUUGUGGAGGACAAGCACUGGGUCACUACAUUUGCUGGCUGGAUAUGGACUUUCUAUGGCUUUGAAAGAGGGAUCUUUAUAUCGAGGCGUUGGGGGACACAAAGAAAGGACAAAAUCGAGUUUGUGGAGGCACUGGAUGGCAAGGAGACUGACUGUCGUCUCGGGGACAUCAAAAUCUGCUUAGAGAUAUGCUUUGAAUGACACAAAGGCAUCUAC